UCGGAGAAGCCUACCAAAUCAAGACCACCUCUUGUACGAUUAGCUAAAGCCGAUAUUGAGUGCAUCAUUUAUGCCAGAGACUUGAAAGGCGGAUCUAAAAAAGUUUCGGAGUGGUACAAAAUUGGCACGCAAAAGUGCAAUAAAAUUUGGAAAUCUGAAGACCCAUACUCAUAUGCUAACUCAAUAGGCAAACCUAACUUGCCUGACUGGUACCCUAAUAAUACCAAAAUCGAGAAGACGGAAAUAUCACCCGAACUGACACCUCAAGAAAUAAUUACACCCGAGAAACCCAAACCAGAUCUCAUCGAAGUAAAGAGGAAGAGAAAAACAACCGAGAUGGAGAAUAUCGCGCGUCGAGUAAUGAGAUCUGAGCUAGGGAAACUGGCUAUAGAGGAGUAA